UUCAAUUUAAAACAUAUUUUUUGAAAAGUCAGGGGGGGCAAAUGCCCCAGCUUGCCCCCCCCUGCGGGCGCCUAUGGUCCUAAGUCCAAGGACCCUGAGGGCUCACAGUCACAGCUUCAACAACAGUUAACGAUAUACUUUAUAAAAUUAUAUUGUUUGUGUACUGCACACCGGAACACACGUACACAGCAACAGGGCUCCGUGGGUCGGUGGCGGGAUAACCGCACGUUGCUGGUAAAGUGUACGUGUGCAUGAGCGUUUAUUUACAUGUGAUCUCAGGCUGCCGUAGCCCGCAAGGCACAGGCACACGCGGACAACGACGUGUACGGUCGAGGUAAGAGGUAACCCACACGACACACGUACGAUGUACGACGGCCACGGUCGUCUCACAAUGGCCGCCCGACGCACGCACGCACAACAAUCGUCGUUGUUCACGCAUGCGCACUAAGCACACGUACGCACGCGUUACCCAAACGUUAAGUGUGGGCGCUAGCGCGUGCGUUCGCGCAACAUUCUAUCGUACGCACGUCGUCGACCGUCGUAUAAUAUUAUUAAUAUAGUACAUUCGUACCAUUGUUGGACCGUCCGUUCGUAGUACAAGAUAAAUAAUAAAACGUCGCGUCGGGUCCCAUCGGGCACGCACUGUGUUGUUUUACGGGCCGAAGAAAGGAAAAAAAAGCACACUGCCUGGCGGACGAUGCCGCCAACGCGAACCGUUAUCACGCAGCCCGUUAUCAGCGCAUGAAACAACGUUUUAAUUUAAAAAAAAAAAAAAAUUUCCUCUGACUUUAGCCGCGCGCGUCUCAAUUUCUCUACCGUCGGCCCCGUUUCCGCGACGUUCGCGCGUGUGUGCCCCAGAGCACAGUAAGUCCGUACCGUAACACAUCGCCGCCGCCGCCGCUGCGCGCCCGCCGAACGCCGCCGCGCGCACGACGACGACGACGACGACGACCACACGAUGCCGUCGCACAUGAACUGUUGUUUCAACAAAUGCACCAACUCGAGCCGGAGCACGCAGAACCUGUCGUUUCACAAGUUCCCGACCAACGAGAGCCUGUGUAAACAAUGGGUCGAACUGUGCCAAAACGACAAAGUCAUCCAGAAGUUCAAGAAUCACGGUUCCAGCCAAGUGUCUAAAAGUUUCAGGAUAUGUUCCGAACACUUCAAGCGGGAGGACUAUGUGCUGUGGACUUCGAAAAAAAAGGUAUUGCACAAAGGAUCCAUUCCAACAGGACAGCAGCUGAUAAGUCCAAAAACGACACACUCGAACAUUACCAAUUGGAGUGAUAUGAUCACCGAGGAAGACGAGGCAGUCGCCAAUAACGCAACCUGGAGUCCACGUGGAACCCCAAAUUUUGAUCUAUCUGGCUCAGUACCUGAGCAGGGUAAGUAAAUGAACGAUUAUAUCCAGGGUGGAGUCCUUGCAAAACUCCAUGUUCUCAACUAAGCAGUCCAGAUAAAUAGAUCAUAAUAUGUUAAAUUGUAUUAUUUUUCUGAAAAGAAGCGCAGACUUUGUUAGCUUAUUAAACAGUUACAUUUUUUUAAUAAUUUGAAAUACUAUUUAAUUUUUUUGCUCUUUGAAUUUAAAAAUUACCUUAAAGUCUUGGGGUGUUAUUUUCUAAAUUUUAGUUGUUAAUGGUUUAUAAUUUUUAAAUUAUAAAAUCAAAUCAAAAAAAUUUUUUUAUAAAUGUUUAAUUAUCAAACCAGAAAGCAGUUUAAAAAAAAAAGUAUAUUUUUUACUUAUAAAAUGGAUAUGGUAGUAAUUUAAAUCUAAAUGAUUUAUUUUAAAGCCACUUAAAAAUUUAAAAAUAAUUCGGUUAUGUUUUGUAUAUGCUUUGACCAAGUCCAGCACCACAUAUACGUUACAAUAUUAGUGGCGCAUAGUUAUUAUAAAAGUUAUUUGUAAAUAAUUUUAGAUUUUAAUUCAAAGACGACAAAUGGCUAUUUUUAAGAGUUGUACGAGUACAUUUUGUAACAAGUUGAAAUUAAUAAAUGGUGUGUAUUCUGUUAA